AGUGUUUUCUCUACAUUUUGUGAUCAAACAAGUAAUAUCAAUCAAAAGAUGGAAGGCAAAUUUGUGAUUUUAAGUGUACUCAUAAUGAGUCUUGUCAUGGCGCAAAUUCAAGUAGAAGCAGAAAAGAUCUGUUGCCGUAACACUAGAGCUAGAAAUAUAUUCGAUUCAUACAGGGCUCAAGCUGAUGUUGUCAAUGAAUACUGCAAAGUGGGAUGUACAUCCUCCUUGUGUGGUCCUUUGACCACUGUCCAGAACUCGGGUGCAAGUGAAAUUGGAGAUGGAGCGGUUGAACAAUGUGCCAACGCAUGUUCAAUUUUAUGCACUACUGGCUCUACUAAGCUUGCAGUUGAAACCGCCUAAAGAGCAUAUCCUCGAAGAUAUACAAAAUCUAAGUUUCAGAGUUGUUGUUCUUGUGUUUACAGAGCUGUGUGCUAGUAUUUCAAUAAAAGCUCUUUCUGGGUUGUAUGUGUAUCGUAGAGGGUUGUCGAUCCUGCCUUCUACUUCCUAUUGAAUAAUUGUCAUGGUUUGAAAUUUGGUUAAUUUGAUCAUAAAGAUUUUUAUAAGAGGAAAAAGAAAUUAAAAUUAAAGAUUUGAUAUUA